CGAAGGCAGACGGACCUUACUCCUGAGUCCUGCGAACAAUAUCCGCGCUGCAACGUCCCUUCACCCUUUCUUUGCCUUUGGACACGACAAUCUUUUGAUGCUGCAAAACAGGUGGUGCUUGGCGCUUGGCUCCCCACGCCAUCCAUCCAUCUCAACCCCAUUCCGGUCCAGCGCGUCCUGCCCCUCGGGUCCCUUUGCCAUCGUCUUUUGCGCACUCUAAAACUUGGACGCAUGCUGCUUCACCUCAUCUUGCUAGGACACUGCUUGCCCAAGGCACUCGCCCAGCCUCAUGUCUCUCGCUUUUCUCGCUUUCCCGCUUCAACUACCUCCUUACACACUCGGCACUGUACCUGUUUUCCUCUAGAGUAUUCGUACCUAGGCAGUCCAGAUAUUGCCUUACUCGAGUCGCUACAUACUGCCUUGGGUAGGUAUCUGUACCUCCUUGGCUUACCUUGUCAGUAACCUUUCCAUCAAACUAGGCAGGGGUCCAACUCUUCUUUUCUGCGACGGCCCGCCCUCCACCAGCAAGACUGAGGUGCACUUAGCUCCAGCCUUUUCUCCUUUCGCCUCUGCUUCCAAGUUCCAACCAGACAACAGGCUUCGUUGCUUCGCACCUCAUAACCCUCUUGCCAUCGGUGCACAGUGGCUGAGAUAUUCCGACCCAGGAUAUCCUUCCUCUCCGCCCCUUCCUUCUCUUCCAUCAUUCGUCCACUCUUUUGGCUGCCGUGCCUAAUUCUAUUCUCGCUAUUCUCGACCUUUUUGGAACUUUCUUCCCUGCCACUUCUUACUCAGUUCUUCUGGCGACACGACCACGCGCAAACCGCCAGUCUACCUUAUUCCAUCUCUACCGAAUUCUGUAUACUAUUCCUCAAAACGAAAACCCAGCUAGCCAGCUACUGGCUACAACUUUCUUCCACAUUCUUUGGUGUCCGGCGACAAACUUCGUUGCCGUCGCCGCUGUCGGCGCCCUUUGACCUCAAUAAACGACGUGUGCUAUCAUGGGAUUGAGCCAAAGACGGAAUGACGUUUGUAUAAACCCCAUUGUCGCCAUCAACAUGUUAUCUCGUCGCGCCCUCACCGUCCUCGCCCUCGUCUCCGUCACCGCAGUCAUCUUUCUCAUCUCUUCGAGGAGACUCGGCGGCGACUGGGCGAUAGAAGGCCCCAACUACCACCCCUUCAAAGGCCACAGCCCACCUCCGCCUGCUGGCAGCUCCCCAAGCGCAGGUCACGAUGGCCGUCCUCCGCCUCCUCCGCCACCCCCGAGCUACCAAGACGACCGCCUCGCACAGCACAAUGUGUCGAACCAAGACAUUCCCUACCGUCCUCACGACCCCGUCUGCGAUACCUUCCCCGACACGAGCAAUAUUCUCGUCAUCAUGAAGACGGGCGCGACCGAGUCCUUCGACAAGGUUCCCACUCAACUCAUGACCAUGCUCAAGUGCUUGCCCGAAUAUUUCAUCUUCUCCGACCUCGACCAGACCGUUGCAAACUACCACAUUCGGGACAGUCUUGACAAGGUUCUUCCCGAGGCCAUGGAUGGUAACCAGGACUUUGAUCUCUACCGUCGCCAAAAGGCCUGUCAGGCCGAUCAGCAGAGCUGCAACAAGCUGGCUGUAAGCAAGGAUGAGGGUUGGAAUCUCGACAAGUACAAAAAUGUCCACAUCGCCGAGAAGACGUACCGUAUGCGCCCCAAUUACGAUUGGUAUAUCUAUAUCGACGCCGAUACCUACGUGCUCUGGCCCACGCUCGUCCAGUGGCUCAAGAACCUCAACCCCAAGAAUAAGCACUAUCUCGGCAGUGUCACCAUGAUUCGCAACUUCGUUUUUGGCCAUGGCGGCAGUGGCUACAUCGUCUCUCAGGCGGCUAUGCACGACAUGAUUGCGGACCAUGAGAAUGUUGGCAAUAAGUGGGAUGUUCGUGCGAGCAAAGAAUGCUGCGGAGACUACAUCUUUGCGCUAGCUAUGAAGGACAAUGCCGAUGUCAAUGUCCAUAAUGUGUGGCCUACGAUCAACGGCGAAAAGCCCUUUACUCUGCCGUAUGGACCUACUCACUGGUGCCACCCCAUCGUGACAAUGCAUCACAUGAAUGCCGAGGAGAUCUCCACUUUCUGGGAAUACGAGCACAAGCGCUACUCCGACCCUAGCCUUCCCCAGCCGCCUCCAGUCAUGCGUAUCAAGGAUAUCUAUCACGAAUUCUUUGCGCCUCGUAUGCAGCCUGAGCGCGCCGAUUGGGACAACCUGGCCGAUGACCGAUUUUUCCUCGACGAAUCCGCCAACAAGCACCAGGAUUGGCAACUCAAUCGAGCCAAGAAGGAAGACUUGACAGAGGAGGAAAAGGUUGCACACUUGUCCUUUGGCAACUGCCGCAAGGCCUGCGAGGCCGAUAGGUCCUGCUUCUCAUUCCAGUACAAGGACGGCGUCUGCGGCUUCAGUUGGGCAUGGAAGCUUGGACACCCGGUCAAGCGCGAGUCUACCGACGAGAAGCGCACCAUGUCCGGCUGGGCUGUAGAGAAGAUCAACGCCUGGAUUGAGCAGCAGGGCGAGUGUGGCCCAGUCAAGUGGCCCGAUGUCUGAGGUGAACAUGCAUCAGUCACCACCGACUUAAGUGUCGACACGAGACAUUCACGUCGACACGAAAGAGCAGCGCCAAAGGCCCGCCUCAAUGCAAGCACGGCUGCCAUCCAAGGCUUUGAGACGUGACGUAUGUUUCACGUGGGGCCUUAACCCAUGUCUUAGUACGCCAAGGACUUGGAUACGGGAUUCAUGAACAUGGUGGGGAAAAUACCCCCCUUCUCUGGAAUUCCCUUGACUCGGAUUUUCUCGUCAGGGAGGAAACAAAACGCUUCUCAUGGAAGCCAAAUCUGCCAGGCGUUUAUCGGUCUGGCGUCUGUAUAGAACCGCAGGCAUGUGUGUAUUCCUUUUCUUCUUGUAGUGUGUGUAUAUCACCAUCAUGACGUGACAGGCGAGGCAAGACUUGGGUUUCGAGACGACUUUGGCGUUUUAUUUGGAAAAGACGACUACUGCUUCAAUGGUCCUGGUUUGGAAGGCCGACGGAGUCAAACGGUCAGAGCGAGCACUCGCAAUAGAAAGCCUUUCAUUGUUCAUAUUACAG